UUAUAUUAUUUAUUGUUUAUUAUUAGAUGCAUUUAAUUUCUUUAAGUGUACGCAUCCAAAAGGAUCAGUCAAUCAUUGUCACUCAAAGCGAAACCCUAGAGUUUAUGGAAUAAUUCAAGUUUUUCCCCAGCAUUUCGCUUUGCCAGGAAUCAAAGUUUAGUUGGCGUUCAAUCAUGGCCUCAUCCACUUUGGAUUUGGCUGAGAAGCUGGAGGAGAACGACGACGUGCGUCUGCCCAAGGAGCAGCCACCGCCAGCCUUCUUCGAAUCGAAGACCUUUCGCAUAAUCUCGAUCUUUUUGUAUCUGGGCGGGAUCAGUGGCCUGGGCAUGGUGCUGGCACUCUACUAUCUCAUAUUCUUCGACUCCAGCAUGCCGGACAUCCACCUCAAGUUCCCCGUCUCCAUUGGCGGCCAUCCAGUGCAGAAGGUGCACGAGUACCAGUGACCAUUUGACCAUUUGACCACUUGACCCAGCCGGGCGAUAAAAUUGUGAUACCCGAAAAAAUAGCCAUUCGCCUCCUGAACUCAUCGGAAGUGACCGCGGAGCAGUUCUACAAGCACAUCCUCGAGCAGU